CCUGAGCUCCACUAUUUUAUAGCACAAUGGCCAUGCUGUCCUCCCGCCGUGUGGCCGCCCCGGCCAAGGCUUCGGCCAUUCGCCGCUCGCGCGUUAUGCCGGUGGUGCGCGCUGCCGCUGCCUCGUCGGAGGUGCCCGACAUGAACAAGCGCAACAUCAUGAACCUGAUCCUGGCUGGUGGCGCUGGUCUGCCCAUCACCACCCUGGCUCUGGGCUACGGUGCCUUCUUCGUGCCCCCCAGCUCUGGCGGUGGCGGCGGUGGCCAGGCCGCUAAGGACGCUCUGGGCAACGACAUCAAGGCCGGGGAGUGGCUGAAGACCCACCUGGCUGGUGACCGCUCGCUGUCCCAGGGCCUGAAGGGUGACCCCACCUACCUGAUCGUCACCGCCGACAGCACCAUCGAGAAGUACGGCCUGAACGCCGUGUGCACUCACCUGGGCUGCGUCGUGCCUUGGGUGGCGGCCGAGAACAAGUUCAAGUGCCCUUGCCACGGCUCUCAGUACAACGCUGAGGGCAAGGUGGUCCGUGGCCCCGCUCCCCUGUCGCUGGCCCUGGCCCACUGCGACGUGGCUGAGUCUGGCCUGGUCACCUUCUCCACCUGGACGGAGACUGACUUCCGUACCGGCCUGGAGCCCUGGUGGGCGUAAAUCCGCUCCUGCUACUGCCGCGUUUUGACGGCGCAGCUGCUACAGCCGCGGCCCGCGUGUUGAUUGUCUCUCUCAGCCAGGCCGCUUCGGCGGCGGCCACGUUCGCUGCUGGUGAAGCAGUGGACGCGGGGGCGGGAGGCCGGAGCGUGGAGCUGCGGCGGCAGCAGCAGCGGCGCCAGGCAGUGCUGGGCGUGUCGCUUGUACGUUGUUGCUGAUGAGUGGAGGAGAUGACAAGGGCGGGAGCAGAGCAGGAGGGCCUGGGGGCAGCGUCUGCCGGCCGUGCGCACCGGACCCUGGCCGCCACGGAGGAAGUUUUGGUUCCGGGCGCCGUCGCGCUCUUACGCGCGGGCGCCUUUUCUGUGGCGUACCCAGGGGAAUUUUUAGCGUGCCGCGGUCUGGUGCAUAGGGGCGCGUGUGGGGCGCUAGCGCGUCCCGUGGCGGCGGGCCGAAUGGCCGUGUCGCCCACCCGCAGCGCUCCUUUGCCAGGGUGUGCCGACCCGGCACGCGGGCGUGUUACGUUUCGGGCUCUGAGCGGGCGGUUGCUGUGUCGGUGUGGGUUUGGCACCGGACGUAGCGGCGUGGCACUGGGCGUCGCGAUGAGGGAGAGUGGAGAAGACUUCAGAGAUUAUUGCGUUAGUGCAUUUGAUGCAAAUUAAGAGUCGAUGCCUCUCGGGCGGCGGGCCUGGUGCUGCCGCCGGGGGCGGGUGCCAUGUGAAUGCUGCGCCGUGCCCGCGGCGGACGCAUGCGCCUGUAACUCGGAAGAACCAAGGCUAAGCGUACAUCGCCGCUAAGUUUGGAUUGGGACUCGGCUAGGUCGGAGACGCAGUCUUCCUAGAGCACAACAGCUGGGUGUGCCACGUCCCAUCGCAUCCUUGCUUCCACGGCAGGAAACCCAGACACGUGGGUAUGGGAAGCAGCGAAACAUUUUUUAGCAACUUGAUGCACAGUCAGACCGCUUUAGCCAGCCCCUACAAUUUUUUUGCAGCCACUGAUGGCAGUCACGAAUCCGUUGCGAGUUGGUGCGAUAGGAUACGGCAACCCAGGCGGUCAGGCGAAGUACAGUUUACCGACUCUGCUGCGUCCGUGCUGGUGUCCCCCACCGUGCUGGGCCCCAUGGCUUGUCACUGCUCCACCCUGUGUGCAUCGCCAAUAUGUAGCUGCCGUGCCGCCGUACCAGCGGGUGCGGCGCUCCUUGUCCAUGGCCGAUGUCCUUUUAUUGAAAAUGCUUGAAAAAACGCAACACGCACAAGCGAACAUGACGUUGUAGAGCCGAGGCCAGUGAGCUAGCACAAGCAAAAAGAAAAGCGUGAGCAUGAGCAGCGACCGCAACUGCUACGUUACCUUUGACGAGAUAACCGCGCGCCAAGCUGCGCCACUCCGGCGUCCUUUUAGCGAAGUGUUUGCUAGUGAAUGCGAAUGCAGGACGCCGUCGCGAGCUCCAGGCUAGCAAUAAACAUCACGAAAGAAGUUAGUGUCAGCGGCAAUGCGGUUACUUGUUACCUUCGAGACGAGACACCGGUGCGCGCUCCACGCUGCUCCGCAUUCGGCACGCCAAACGGAGUCCGAGUGUCGUGGAGACUGCUGCCGCUUGCAGGGGCGGACGUGUUCCAGCUCGCAACUAGGCUGCUGCCAUUCGCCGCGACAACACGUAACCCAUAAAAUGCACCCACCUGGAACGGAGCCAGGCAUCCGCGGGCGCCCAUGGAGCAUAUGCGUGGGCAAGCGGAAAGAAACGGGAGAAGAAAGAAGCGGCGUGGCGGAUGUCAGUAACCGAUGCCGGCCAAAGCUGCCGAGCAAGUGAAGCAGGGUGGCUGCCUAGCUGGGGGCGGGCUGAUUAAAGGGCUGAACGGCGGCUGCACCGGGCGAGCUGUGCUGGUAGUAUGUACUGGCGCCGGCCAAGCGUGGUAAGUAUGGGCGCCGCUGCAUGGAUCCCGCCCCCAUGUGCCGCGGCGAGGCUGGCGACGAUGCAGUGGCGUACAGCUGACAGCUUGUCCUUGUUGCGGCACUCGUGCCCAUGUCGUGAGCUGUGUGUAAGCCACGCCGUGA